AUGGAACAAAGAAGACAGGAACGACGCUGGGCAGGAGGAUGUUUGGUUGGUUGUGUGGUUUCUGUGCUUUUAUUGAGUGUCGCUUCGGCGCAAAUGAAAUAUUCAAUCUCCGAGGAAGUUAACGAAGGAACUGUGGUUGGAAAUGUGGCAAGAGAUCUAGGAUUAGAUAAAGGCACAUUGAAAGAUAGAAAGUAUCGGAUUGUUUCUAGUAAUGCAAAACCACUUUUCCAUGUUAAUCAGAAUGAUGGCAUCCUGUACGUGAGCCGAAAGAUUGACAGGGAAGAGGUGUGCGCGCAGAGCAGUACGUGUUUGAUAAAUAUAAAAACCGUGCUCGAAGACCCACUGGAAAUUCACUAUGUUGCAGUGGAGGUGCUGGACAUAAAUGACCAUUCUCCGAAUUUCCCGGAGACAGACAAAACGCUGGAGAUUUCAGAGUCUGUGUUGCCCGGAGCACGAAUUCAACUGAAAGCUUCUCGGGAUCUAGACAGUGGCCAUUUCUCCGUGCAGCAAUAUAAACUUAGCCACAACGAUUACUUUCGAUUGGAAGUUAAGGAUAAAGGAGAAGAUGGUAAAAUACCUAUUUUAGUGGUGCAAAAAUCAUUGGACAGAGAAGCAGCAGAAAUCCACUCGUUAGUACUGACCGCGCUGGAUGGGGGGAAACCUCCGAAAUCUGGUGACAUGAAUAUUCUAGUUAAUAUUUUAGAUAUUAACGAUAACGCACCCGUUUUCACUAAAGAUGUUUAUUCUGUGAUGCUCUAUGAAAAUGCUCCAGUAGGCACAACAGUCAUACAAGUAAAUGCAACUGACUUAGAUGACGGUCCAAAUGGAGAUGUGGUUUACUCAUUUAGUAACAGUAUGAAUCAGAAAUUUCUAAAUAUUUUUGAUAUAAACCAAUUAACAGGUGAGAUAACAGUAAAAGGUUUAAUAGACUAUGAGGAGAAAGACAAAUUUGAAAUUGAAAUUCAAGCAUCAGAUAAAGCUGUCGCUCCUCUGGCGACAGAAAAAAGCGUCAUUAUAAAGAUAGUUGACGUGAAUGACAAUGCACCUGAGAUUGAGGUUACCUCAUUUUCCAGCUCCAUUCCUGAAGAUUCCAGACCUGGAACUACAGUUGCACUUAUCAGUGUAAAUGAUUUAGACUCUGGACUAAAUGGAAAAGUUAUUUGCUCUAUAGGUGAGGAUGUUCCUUUUGCUCUGUCACCAUCAUUACAAGAUAAAAUGUAUUCUUUAAUAACCAAAUCGCCAUUGGACAGAGAGAAACAGUCGCACUUUGAACUAACAAUAGCUGCAAAAGACGCUGGUCAACCGCCAUUAUCAUCUGAAAAGAAAAUAAGCAUUGUGGUGUCAGAUGUGAAUGACAACAGUCCAGAGUUUUCACUGAGCCCCUAUACUUUUUAUGUCACUGAGACUAAUGAGCCUGGUACAUCUGUUUUCUCAGUUAAAGCUUUGGAUCGUGAUGAAAAUGAUAAUGCAGCAAUUUCCUAUCACAUUUUCAGAGAUGGAAGUGAGGAAAAUAAAUUGGCUUCAUUUCUAAGCAUAAAUACUGAGAAUGGUGAUAUUCUGGCACUUAAGAGUUUUGACUUUGAAACUCUGAAAACGUUCCACUUCCAAGUUGUCGCCACUGAUUCUGGAACUCCGUCACUAAGCAGCAACGUCACAGUGAACGUGUUCAUUCUGGAUCAGAACGACAAUGCUCCAGUCAUCCUGUAUCCAGUCAGCUCCAACGGUUCUGCUGAAGGCGUGGAGGAGAUUCCCCGCAAUGUCAACGCAGGACACUUGGUGACUAAAGUCAGAGCUUAUGACGCUGAUAUAGGAUAUAACGGCUGGUUACUGUUUUCACUGCAGGAAGUUACUGACCACACUCUCUUUGGUUUGGACCGCUAUACAGGACAGAUCAGAACACUUCGCUCAUUCACAGAGACAGACGAGGCUGAGCAUAAACUAGUCAUACUGGUGAAGGACAAUGGCAACGUUUCACUCUCAGCAACAGCUACUGUGAUUGUCAAAGUUGUGGAGCCCAAAGAAGCUUUUGCAGCUUCUGAUGUUAAAAGUGCAGCAAAGGAUGAAGAGGGCAAUGACGUGACUUUUUAUUUGAUGAUAACUUUGGGCUCGGUGUCUGUUCUUUUCAUGAUCAGCAUCAUCGUGCUGAUUGCCAUGCAGUGCUCAAAAUCCACAGACUGUACUUCGAAAUAUCUACAAGACACAAAUUAUGAUGGGACAUUGUGUCACAGCAUUCAGUACAGAUCAGGAGAAAAACGCUACAUGUUAGUUGGACCCAGGAUGAGUAUAGGAUCUACUAUAGUCCCAGGCAGCCAUGCAAAUACUCUGGUGCUUCCUGACAGGAGGAGAGCAUCUGAAGAGGUAAGGCAUAUUUAA